AUGAUAUUUGAACAAACUAUAAGCAAAAAACAAACAACUUAUACUCGUAAAUUUCUUAGAUCAGAUGUCCGAUACUUGUCAUCUGAAGCUAUUGAAGAAAUUAGAAAUACUCAGAAUAAUAUUUCAAAUGCUCAGCAAGAUGGGAUCACUUAUACGGAAUAUCUUAUGGAUAAUGAGAAUGAUGCAAAUUCUAAUGGUCUGAAUACAAUAACUAAUGGGCGAAAAGAUAAAGUUAGUCAGAAAAAAAAGGCUAGUAUAAAGCCAAAAGACGAAUCAUUUUCUGCAGGUAAAAUAGCCAAUUCUUUUAAAGAUGAUACAUUUAGACGAGAAUUUGAUCUUAAUAAAUUGGUGAAUAUUACUAGAGAAGCUGUCAUGCAUCUGAUCUAUUCUCCAUAA